UCAAUCCAAGUAAAUUCUCAGUUUCUUUUCCUCUAAAGUGAAACCAGGAGUCCCUAUUAAAUAUCCGGUGAAAAGAUCGGCUGAGACAACAGAGCUGUGCUUUUGUCAAGUGUGUACACUACAGGCUACCCGAUAUCAGACCAGUUAUGGAUCCAUGUACAGCGGUUGCAGCAGCAGGAGGGGCAGUCUUGGCAGUCGCUGCAGCACCUGCUAUAUUGGCUAGUGUGGGCUUCACUGCUGGCGGGAUAGCAGCGGGAUCUAUAGCUGCCCAUCUGAUGAGUACAGCUGCUGUGGCUAAUGGAGGAGGAGUGGUAGCCGGGAGUCUGGUGGCAGUAGGGCAGUCUAUUGGUGCUGCUGGGAUGUCCUCUGCAGCAACUGCAGUCGUGGGAGCAGUAGGGGCUGCAGUUGGUGGAGCCUUGGGUGGCUCCACGGUCUGCAGCACUGUAGCCUCAGCGACCGCAGGUGCAUCAGCAGCUGGAUCAGUGAUAGCUGCUGUGGUUAACUGCACUGUAUGAGAUGUCAUGAUAUUAUCUCAAGAUGUCAACUUAACCAAUCAUGAAAUAGAAAUAAAGAUGAAAUUGGACAAUC